CCUUUGUGUUCACGUAGUGGAGACUGUCCAUAUGCUGCUGGAACAACAAUGCCUUCUCCUCACCAGACUGUGGCAGCAGUAACAAUUGGGGGGUUGACAAGUACAGCAGCAUGCAUGGCAGAGACAAACAAAGAAAGCGCUUGAAUGCACUGUCCUGUCCUACAAGUGCAGCAACUGCAUGGUCCGUUUAAUUACCCUUCAGUCUUCACUCCAUUUUUGUUCGUUGGCUGUAGUUCUCGACACCGAAACAGUUCAUUGAUCUCCUCCAGUACUUUUCUAAUCAGGACAUGACAGGAACCGUUGGGCUGGAGGUUGCCUCAGUACGUUGUUGCUGACUGGUCAUACACAAGCUUUGAGAUGGGAAUUGUAAUAUAAAUGUAUUGUUCGGUACUAUUUGUUCUGCUGAGUUGUGAGAGAUUGAGAUAAAACAUACCUCGAUGUUUAAAUGCAGUUCUGCACUAAAGUAGAAAAAUAAGUUCUUCGACAGAUUUUCUUCAGACUCCCUUUUCUUCCCUUUCUGCACAGCGGCUUUCUAAAAUCAGUUUAGAAAUCACGCAGUCAUGGAACAUUGAAUUAUAAGGAAUGAUAAAUGACUCUGUGCUGUUGUCUAGUCCUCGUGCCUCAAACGAAUCUGUCACUUUUUAAUAUUUUAUCGGCUUGAUGCUGCUCUUCUUUGUUGUUCAGAUCUGUUUGUUUGAAAAAAAAAAAGCCGUUAGAAAUUCUCUCACUGUCACUUUUAACGAAGUGUUUCCACUCUUUGUGUGCUUUGCAAUGGUUUAUCAUUUCCAGUAGGCUGCAGAAUGCCCAAAUACAACUGAACUUGAAAGUUAAAUUAAACUAUUGUUGACGGCAAUGUGACCAAAUGCCUUUAUACUCUCCGUAUUUGCCUUGAGAUCUGUUUGUUUAAUUACUCCUUUAAACCAGAUGGGAGACCUUACAGUGCGAUACGAAGAUCUUUGUUUUUGUGUCACAACUUCAGCAAGUUAAACUACAAACUAGACCAUUUUGCCAGAGGAAACAAAGCAACCGUGUCUAAUCCACUGUCUAGAUCCACAGUCAAUAAUUGUUGAAUAUCUGCAUACAUGUGAACAUUUCAUUUCAUGUAGAAUGUCCUACUUCAAAGUAGUCACAAUUUGCACUGUCGGUGCUAUAAAGUAGGGUUGAACAAUAAAUUGAAUAUCAAUCGGCAUCCAGAUUUUGGCUUAUCACAACUGCAACAUCAACGUUUAAAAUGCACGCACUGCUCAUCGGAAACUCUGCUGCAUAUCAAAUCAAGUGCUUCCUAAACUAACAGCCAGCCAGCGGGGGGGGCGAUCGUGUCGUUUUGGCUCCACACUUUUGGGGAGCUGCCAUGUCGCUGCAGUGUCCUGAAUGUUGCGGCUGCAGUCCGGGGCAGAGUGAUGAACUGUAUAUUACUGCAGAGAGCAGACGGGCAAGACAAAAAUGCACGGAAUUCAUCUGAAGAACAGCCCGAUUUCAAGUCUUAUUUAGAUGCAAAUAUUUGUACAUUAGCAGGAAUGUAGCACAACAUGGAAGUGAAACUAGUGCUCUGUUAUUUUAAAUCUGCAAUAUGUUGUCCCUAAAAUGUAUGAAUAAUCAUGAUUUCCGUAUUGAUCGAAAUCAUUUUGAUCAUUUUUUCUUUUCUUUAAAGUUGUUUUCUUCAGAUCGUUGCACUAAAACCUAAGCAUUAUUAUUACACUGAUCAUUGGGUACACUUUCUCUUACUACACUUUUGCGUCACUCUAUAUCGUUGCUUCUGCAAGCAUCUGAGGCUUUGCCAAGAAAAGAACAAACAGCUGGUUAAGUAUAAUUGUGCAGUGUGUUUGUGCACACUUGCUCACAUACACAGCAGGUAUUUAAGGGCGCAUUGGUACUUGAAUUUGAGCAGCUGUGAGCAUGGCAUGAUAACAUAAGCGGAAUGGUGAUGUGGGUUGGGAGUUAGACCCAAACUGUGCGCGCGUCUGUUGGCUCGCCGUGAGUCACUAAUACAGUGCGUGUCAGGCAGUGGUCACGGCUUUCACUCUGAGUCAGCGGAGAACAGAACAAGGCGAGAGGAGGACGCCGCCUCUGUGCCGAGUGGCGCUGUAGUUGGGAGCUUCUCACCACGCGGGACCGGGCUGCGCUUUUGUUUGUCCGGUUAUUGAUUGUCUCUCGCCGAAGCUCGCAGCCAUCCUUCAUGUUCCCAUGUUGUCCAUUGUGCCGGUUUCUUGAAACUGUGAGCUAGAGGAGAGGGUCAUAAAGGUGAGACAAAGAGCAGAGAGAGAGAGAGAUGGACUCCAGUCUGUGGGGCUGAUGAGUUGAGCAGAGGUGAUUUAGAGGGAGAAACAUCAUUAUAGGCAGAUAUCAAGUCAUUCAUGAAGUGUGAGGAGAGAGAAACUGGCUCAUAAGUUAUUGAUUCGUAUAGCACUCCUUUUGUCUCACACUGCUUUUGUCCGAUUCUGUCAAAUUGUCCUGAUGGAUUUUUCACUUUACUCCCCCUCGCUUAUGAUUCCAUCAUGUCCCUUUCUUUCUCCCCCUGGCCAGCAGCAAUAAUGAGCCAUAUCAGUCCUCCAGUGCUCCGUUUGUAGCAAUCUACCGACUGGAAGAUGUUGCAGAUGUUGCCUCUCUGUCCUCUCCUCACCUUCGUCUUCCCUCCAGCUGUUGACUCUUGAACUGUGAAAUUACAGAAGUUUUCCUUUUCAUUUUUUGUUGCUUUAGGGAAUCUUGGGAGUUCAUCUCUUUUGUCUUGAUUGUUAGAUUACAUGACAAUCAAAGGUGACAUGAUUACUAAGGAGGCUUAGGGAGCUUUUCGCCACGUUUUGGUGUGCAUUUAGCAGACUGCUCUGCCUGACAGCGAGUGUGUGUGUUGUUCCUCUAAGGGCCCACAUGUAUGACACGACUGGAGCUGAAUGAAGUCUGGCACGCCUGCUGAGCAGGCUGUCUCAAAGCAGAUUGACCAUCUUGUCACACCUGGUGGAUGACUAUUUCUCUUGAGAAAAACAAGUAGAUUUUAUUUUCAAUGGUCCUUACUUUUAGGGAAGUGUAUCGUUUGAUAUUUCUCAAUCCUACCUCAAAUCUUACUUUUUCAUUAAUUAUUUUUUCAAUAUUAUACUGAAAAAAUAAUAUAUAUAUAUAUUUUUUGAAUUGAACAAAAGAAAGGCAAACUACUAAAAUGUUGAUGAUUGUCGUAACACAAGGAGCCAUAAAAAAAUGUAGCUUAAAUAGAAUACAGUCUGAAUUUGGUACUUGAUACUAGGUUUCCACACUUUUUUGUUGGCGCCAAAAAAAGGAGUGAAGUACCCAAAUACCCAGCCCUUAGAGACUGUUGGACAAUGUCUGCCUGCACAAAUAUCGUUGAGUCUGAGCCUAAUGUCACUUUGCAGUAGUGGGAUUAACGAGUGUAGCUUGUUCGUGUUCUUUCUAUUUAAAACAUAUAGCAGGCAUCGCCUGCCGUGUGUCAGGCAGGCCCAUAAAGCAGAUUUACGAGGAGGCACUGUGUCGCUCUGCAGCCGUGCAUGUUCGAUCAAUGCCCUUAAGCUGUUGAAAGCAACACUUGGCUUGUUAACAACUGUCUGCGAGUGAGCCACAUCGGCAAAAGCACAAUAUCUCUUUUGUACUGAGGGCUGUCUUUUUUUGCAUGGAUGUCAUUCGUACCUUCAUCUGUCAGCCCUUUUUGUCCGUCAUGUUUUUACCACGAAUGCGUUUAAAUGUUUUCUGCUCGUGCUCGUGACUCAACACUGUGACGGGGUGAGCCGUAGCUGCAGAGGAAAGACUCCAGUAAGGUGGAUGUUGCUUCAUUUUUUUUUUCUGGAUUCAUCAGUAGGCAGUUGUUAUCCAUAAGAACUGCACAGACUAAUAUUGUGUCAAGGCUAUAAGUUGUGUGUGAGUUUGUCUGCCCCCGAAUGGUCAUAAACUGCGUAAUGCAGCUUUAAUUAACAUGGAUAUGGACCCGAGCAAGGUACAUAAACCUCUAUUUGAUUCUGUGCAGUUUCUCGGUGCUCUGCAGCAUCAUGCAGAGAAGCAUUUAAAUCUCCCCCUUUCAGGCAACGAUCCACCCUGGACUUGUCCAAUAUAGCUGCUAGGCUAUUAACUUGUAUUAUGAAUAUUAAGUAGUGAUCCCUGCUGUUCCCUUUAAACCUGGAUUGAGCUGCUGUUUUGGAUAAAUAAAUGGUUGGAUUACAAUAUAAUCCAUUGUAAAGGGUGAUACGCAGAUUAUUAAUAGAUUUCACAUACAGGUCUCAGUGGGCACUAAUGGAAACUGCAUUUUGUAGUUUUUUUUUUUUCUUUUCUUUUUAUAGUAAUUCAUUUUUUGAUUCAUGUGAUUAAACAUCCAAGCAGGGAUGAGGGAUAUGUUAAAUUGACUACUUGCCUAUUUUAACACAUGUUGUAACUGAUCCUGUGUUCAAGAUGUGGUAAAACAAAUGCUAACAAUACUUUUGUGUUUUAAGAUAAGUGUACAGAAGGGAGAGGCCAUAGUAAUAAUACCUCGAGUCUUUUAAGUCUGAAAAUACUCCGGUGUGAAUUAUAAUUUGUCCUGAGACGACUCGCAACAUUGAGUUUGAUACCAUACCUUACAAUGAUUCAGUGCAUUGCCUGAUAAUAUCUUUUACAGUUCAAUUUCCAAUUAGUUCAAAAAAAAAAUCUCACACAAAGAAAUAAACAAUGGGCCAUUUCAGAGUGUUUCGUCAGUAGCAUAAUUAACACAAACAACAACCGUGUUAUUGGCAGUGCAACAAUAAAACCCAAUGCAGUGACAAAAACACAAGCUGUCACCACUGCUUUACCGCCGCAGCACGGUGUAUUGCAGCUGAUUUUACACAGCAUAUUAUAAACUUUGCUGUGUAUUUAAAGGAGAACCAGGCAGGGGACGACAUUAAACAAUACAAGGUAGUGUUGUUCCCCUAAAAUCAACAAUUUAGGUGUUAAUGCUGCUGGAGGUAGCCGCAGGACAAGCGAAUUACCUCGAGCUUGUGGGUACAGAGGAGAGGGGUUAAGGUAGAGACAAGGAGGCGAUGGAGAUUGCGUAAAUACCACUGCAUAAAUCUCCUGUGCAGUGUCUGAUUUAUUUGUUAACAUCAUAUUGUGAUUGUUCAUAGAAAACAAAAAGUGCUCUUAUGCUAGGACAUGCACACACACACACACUAGGACGGUAAUCAAAGAAGUCACAGUGGUAACACAGUCGUAGUAUUGACUGACACCCGAGGGUGUUGAUGGCAGAAUGUGUCAAACAGAAGGAAAUGAGUCGUCUCCUGUGGGACAAAAGCUGUUAUAAAGAUGUUUGAGGCACAAUCCACCAGCUACCACUCGCAGCAUUACAUCUGAUAAAGAAACAUGCGGAGAUAUUGUGGCACACGUUUAGAUAGUGGAAUAAAUUAAUUUAUUUUUAACCAGUAGUUGCUGCAUUUCUAAAUGGCCUAUAUAAUGAACCCCUUCUCUGUUAUUCCUCUCUAUUUUCUUCAGUGUACGUGCACUCUCUAUUUAAGUGCUUGACCUAAAUGUAGUUGUAGAGAGGUAGAAAUUGUUAGGACUCGACUAAAACCCAUUAUCCUGUCGCUGCAUCAGCCAUUAAUGCUUCGGACAUUCGGAUGAAAAAGCAGGACAUUCUCGUGUUGGCUCUACUGCUGUGAGGUCUGCAUGUCACGGGUAAAGGGUCAACGGGGUGGUCACUGUUGUCCUCGAUGAGCGUUGUCUAAAUGUGUGCGUGUGUAAACCGCGAGUGGUGUUUAGCAAUGACUUACUUAGUAGUCGGUAUGGGACAGUUUUUGCAAGCGUUCAGGCUCGGUAUGCACACACACACACACACACACACACACACACACAUACUUAAACCUGGCAUCUCACUUUACUCAGGUAGAUGUUGGAGAAGUUGCUCCAGCAGUGUUUUGCUGAAUAUGCAGCGAGUUGCUUCAGUGACCUGAUUUCCUAUGACAGGAAUUACUCGAGCAUUCAGUCUGGCGCAUGCGCGCACGCACACACACACACACACACACACAAACAUUCACCUCCCAGUCUCUGCCUUCCUCUCUUUUUUUUCUGCCGCUCCGUCUCCGUUCAGUACCUUCACAAACCUCACCUGCUUCUCACAUCCUUUCAUCCCGUCUCCUCAUGCCCGUGUUUGACAGCAAUGGGAGAUGAACGCUCAACCCCCCCCCCCCCCCUCAGAAUGUGCAGCAUGCUAUAUAACCUGCAGAGAGCACCGUGGCACAGAUUUCUAAAAUGUGUCACAAUCUUGCUUUAGCCACACUUACUGCACACUUCAUUAAGCUGUUUUUCGCUCAUCUACAUUGUGUGUGGGUGUGUGCAGUCUUUCUUGCUAUCUCACUUUAUCUUUUUCUCUUUUGUCCGCAGUUCUUCCCCGCUUCUCUCUCUCCCGCCUUUUUUCCUCUCUCUCUUCUCCUCUCUCGUUCAUCCUCACCUUCUCACCCUCCUCGUGCAAAUCCUCUUUCCGAUGCAAAGCUUUGGUAUUCAUAUAUGCAAAUCACCCUUAAAGCACAAAGUCGUAGAGAUUGCCCUACUGACACUGCGAGCACAUACUGUAUGGUGUGUCACUUAACUGUGUGUGUGUGUCGGAGCAUGAUAAACGCAUGAUGGAGAGUGUGUGUCAAUGUACUGGUCUCAGCCCCUACCAUUCUCGUAAACUGUACUUAUCUGUAGUUAAUUUGUAGCCAAUUUAAGGGCAUUGAUGAGCACUUAACCUGUCACCGCACCAAAAGCCGCACUGCAGCAGCUUCUAAUUCUCUCUCUCUCUCUCUCUCUCUCUAGCUGUCCUAUCUAAUUUAACACUCCUUCUCUCUCUCCCCGUCUUUUGCUUAUUUUUCUUCUCUUGCUCCCCCUGCUGCAUCUGCAUUCCCUCAAUUUCCCAUCUUAUCUCUUUCCUUCUGUUUUCUCCAAUGACCUCUGUUGCGCUCUCUCCUAAUCCCCCUCUCUUAAAUGUAGUAUAGGAAGACACAAUUAAUCCCACCCCCUCCUUUUCUUGCCUUUCGGCUGAGAUAGUAGAGGGUACUCCAAAGAGGUGUGCAUCCCUAUGAGUCACUGCAUGUGUGUCUGUGUGUGAGAGAUAGACGGAGACUGGAACGGGGGUGUGUAAGGAGGUGAAGAGCAUUGCGUCAUUGGGGGUGUGUUGAGAGGGAGGCGGACUGAGCCGUCUGUCAGUCAGUGACGCGAGUGGAGCACGUGCGUCGGUCCAUGGCUGGGAAGACGCUGUGCGGUGGUUAUCUGGCUGUGGGCGAGGAGAGCGAGAAACACCGCAGCUCCCCUUGCCGACGGGUUGAUCGAGGGAAUGAGUGUGUGUGUGUGUGUGUGUGUGUGUGUGUGUGUGUGUGUGUGUGUGCGUGCGAGAGUCUGGGUCUGUGCACAUGUAGAUGCUGCAUGGACUGCCGCCGCUACUACUGCUGCUGGUGAAUAAUGCAGACAGGGAAGCGGAGUUUGGAUAGCAUGCAGGGAGCCAGAUUAAUAAUGCAUCCUGCCGGGUUACGAGCUCUGCAUUAGUUUUCUGCUGGAACCUGUAGCUGCCUACUGUCUGCCUGCCUGCUUGACUUACUGACUUCCCACCUACCUUUCUGCCUGCCUGCCAGCAUUUCUACCUGACUGGCGGACUGUCUGACUUAUUCAGAAAAUGUCUCACUACCAUUUCAUCAAAUGCUGUUGUUUUCAGCUAUGUAAUGUCUUCCGUCAGAACAUGGAGAUAGACCAGUGUCUGCUGGAGUCUCUCCCCAUUGGCCAGCGCCAGCGGCUGGUCAGGAGGAUGCGCUGUGACCAAAUAAGGGCGUACUACGAGAGGGAAAAGAGCCUUCAGCGCCAGCAAGGUGGGAUCAAGGUUCGAGCGCCGCCCACCCACCGCAAGAAGCACCGCGUCCGCUUCAGCCUCGCCGACGUCAUACAGGAUGCCAUCGUUCGCCGUGACGACAAAGAAGUGCUGCGGCUCCUGAAGGAGGGAGCAGACCAAAACACUCCCACUUCUUCUGGGGGAUCCUUGCUACACCUGUGUGCUCGCCAUGACAAUGUGUUCGCGGCGGAGCUUCUGAUCGAUCGGGGCCUGAAUGUCAACGUCCAGGACGAAGACCUGUGGACGGCCCUGCAUGUAGCGUGUGUGUGUGACCAUGCGGACGUGGUGCUGCUGCUGCUGCUGACUGGGGUGAAUGUUCUGCUGCAGGACGUCAACGGCAGCAUUCCUCUGGACUACGCCUCCGAGGGGACAGAGACCAGCUAUAUCCUCCGAAAACACCUGGAGGAAAAUGGUGUGGAUGUGUCAUCCAUGCACGCCAUGAAGAUGCAGAGACGUAGCACCAUGCUCUCUGAUGUCAGACAGCUUGUAGCCACAGGGGGAAGCCUCAACCAGCCCAAUGAUGACGGGGUCACACUGCUCCACAUAGCAUGUGCCAGUGGUUAUAGAGAGGUGGUGUCUGUGUUGUUGGAGAGUGGAGCGGACCCUCAUCCAGCCGACAACAACUUCUGGACCCCUCUCCACCUGGCUGCUAAAUAUGGACAGACGAGCAUCGUUAGCCAGCUCCUGAGGCACAGAGCAAACCCGACUCUGUUGAACUGCAACCAAGACAAGUCCUCAGACAUUUCCGUGUCGGAGCCCAUAGCGAGCAUGCUGCUGAAUGCAGAGGAGAGCUGGCUGCAGAGACUAAAGGACCCCUCCGCUCCUCUACCCGCCACUGACCAACGCUAUGAUGGCGGUUCUCACGACCUCAACACUCCUGUCAAGAACUUGAACCCCCUGGGUCUCUCCAUCUCUAAGCGGGACAGUCUGCUGGAGAAGUACGCCAUGUUUAGAGAUGCAGGUGGAGCACUGAGCCGACAGCCCUCACAGGACAAUGGCCUAGAUGGCCCCUUUAGCUCUGGAGCCAGCAAACUGGAGCAGGUCAAGCUGAUGCCUCCUGCUCCCAAUGACGACCUGGCAUCCCUCAGUGAGCUGACCGACAGCAGCCUGCUCUACGAGAUGCAGAAGCGCUUCGGAAAUGACCAAAUCUAUACUUACAUUGGACACAUCCUCCUGCUGGUCAAUCCAAACAAAGAGCUGCCCAUCUACUCCACUUUGGUGAGUCAGCUGUACAUGAGCUCCACGGGUCGCCUGUGCUCCUCUCUGCCACCUCACAUCUUCUCCUCAGCAGAGAGAGCUUACCACAUGAUGCUGCAGGAGAGACGCCCGCAGUGUUUCAUUUUGAGUGGUGAAAGUGGUUCUGGGAAAACAGAGGCCUGUAAGCACAUAGUGAGACACCUGACAGCCCGCUCCAGCCCCAAAGGCUUUGCACUGGAGCCCAGAAUGAAACAUGUUAACUGCAUUCUGGAGGCCUUCGGUCAUGCAAAGACUCUGAGGAACAACAACUCAAGCCGCUUUAUCAAGUUGUUGACCAUCCAAUACUGUGACAAGAGGAGGACACUGCUCAGAGCCCGUGUGUACACCCACAUGCUGGAGAAGUCUCGCCUGGUCCACCUACCUCCUCGCCAACGCAGCUUCAACAUCUUCUAUUUGAUGGCUGAAGGCCUGUCGCCUGAGGAGAACAGCGCACUUUACCUCAAGAAUGUCCUGGCUCAUAGGUAUCUCAGUGGAGGACUUCUAGGGGAGAACCCUCCAGUAGCUACAUCCUCUGCCCAGAGCCGGGAAUGCCUCGCAGCAAUCAAACAAGCCCUGCGAGCCCUGGGCUUUAACAAGCAGGAGGUUGACUCAGUGUUUAUGCUGCUAUCUGCUGUGCUCCAUAUUGGGGACCUACGUUUUACUGCAUUGACGGAUGCCGACACAGCCUUCCCUUCUGACCUCCAGCUGCUUGAGAGAGUUGCUGGAUUGUUGCAGGUGUGCUCCAAUGACUUAAGCACCGCCCUCACCUCCGACGUCCAGUACUUCAAAGGUGACGUGAUCACUAGGGGCCACACAGUGGAGAUGUCAGAGCAGUACAGAGACCAGCUUGCGAAGGCCAUCUAUGGACGUCUCUUCAGCUAUCUGGUCAACAGUACCAACGACUACCUACAGGGACAAGACGACAGCAUUGGUGAUCCUGCCUUGGAAAUUGGGAUCUUGGACAUCUUUGGGUUUGAAGAAGUUCAGAGGAAUGGAUUUGAGCAGCUGUGCGUGAACAUGACCAACGAGCGGCUGAGGCAGUACGUCUCCGAGGUGCUAUUCCAGCAGGAGCAGUCUGAGUGUCUGCAGGAGGGCAUCGCCAUGGAGACCCCUCGCUCCCCCGGCAACAAGCCAGCCGUUCUGGACUUCUUUCUUCAGAAGCCUCAGGGAUUGCUGUGCGUGUUAGAUGAGGAGAGCCAGAGCCUGCGGCCGGCAGAGCAGACCCUGUACAAGAGGCUGUCGACCCAGCUGGACUCCAAUCCCACUCGCGGUCUCUCUCUCACAACCAAGGAUGGCAACGGAAACCCACCGCCCAAAGACCAGGGCCCAGCAUUCACUGUCAGCCACUAUGCCGGACAGAUUUCAUAUGAUCUCACAGGAUCACUCACAAGAAACAAGGACUCCCUUCCUCAGAACCUCCUGUUUACGAUGAAGUCCAGUGAGAGUGUCUUACUGCAGCAGCUCUUCCAGUCCAAGCUGACUCAGACUGGUUCUCUGGUGCCAGCAGCCCAUGGCCGUGCCGGGCUGAGGGGGCCUAAAGCUGCCCUGUUGCUCCACAAGAGGCCAUCAGCCUCCCUCGUCACUGCCAACAUUGUCCCCCAACAGUCCCGGAGGUGCUAUGACCUUACCAAGAUCUUGAAGAAGAAAGGCUCGAGCUCCUUCCUCCAAAGGCUAGAGCGCUGUGGGCCCAUCACAGUGGCUGUCCAGCUGAGGAACUCGCUGUCAGAAGUGAUCAGUAAGCUGCAGGCUUGCACUCCUCACUUUGUGGAGUGUGUCCGCCCCAACGCUAGUGGUCAGCCAGACAGUUUUGACAGCAUCCAUGUGUCUACCCAGCUGCAGUACAUCGGGGUUCUCGAGAUGGUGCGCAUGAUCCGUUAUGGAUACCCUGUCCGCCUGUCCUUCCCGGGCUUCCUCAGCAGAUAUAAAGACCUUGUGGUCCCAACUUUGGGAGACAAGAAGAAAUUGUCACCAGAAGAGAGAUGUCGCUCAGUUCUGCAACAGUCCAAACUCCAAGGAUGGCAGAUCGGCAGCAGCAAAGUUUUUCUGAGGUACUGGCAGGCAGACCAGCUGAACGACCGCUGCUACCAGCUUCAUAAAAAGAUCAUCACCUGCCAGAAAGUGGUGCGCGGCUGGCUGGCCCGACAGCGCGUCCGUCACAGGCUGUCAUCGCAGCAGAAAGAGGAGUGCGGUGUGCAGCGUUUCCUGCAGGGGGCAGAGGACAUGGGGCUGCGAACCUACGACCAGUUGGUCAUCCAGAAUGCAUCCGACAUCGCACGAGAGAGCGACCGCCUACGCUGCCAUGGCAACAGCCUUCUCAACACCCUUGGCAACAGCCCACCGCUUGGUGAGAGGCCCGAGCCGGUGGGCAAGGAGGAGGAUCAGCCUGUCAGGAGGGUUGUGGAGAAAAGCGGAAAAGUCUAUGAUGGUCCCGUCAAUGGGGGCAGUCGAGUUAUUCGCCACUUUCGGUCCAGCUCAGUACCCAUCCCCCUCGCCAUGGAGAGCAUGCUCCAUUCCUCUGCCAGUCCAUCCAUCAAACCAGCCCUGCAGCAGGUAGCUCAUACCAAUGAGGACGCAGCAGGUGGGGGAGGUAUUUCCUCUCCCCGGAAGCAACCUCCCCCCAAACCAAAGCGGGACCCCAACACUCGUCUGAGUGCAUCUUAUGAAGUAGUUAGUGCAGGGUUGACGAUGGCAGCCAAAGAGUGCCCCACUCCAGAGGGGUAUGGUUCGCCCGCUGGAAGCCCUCCUAAGUCCCAGCUGUCCCCAACAGACCCUGCAGCCUUGUCCAAACCCCGUCCCCACAGUGAUGACUACACAGCCAUGAGGAAGGUGCCACCCCCCAAACCGAAGCGCAGUCCCAACACUAAGCUGACAGGCUCGUAUGAGGAGAUCAACGCUGUUGCCCCCUACAUUCACCAGCUGCGUCCUGCCGAUGUAAAGCUAGCCUUGCUGUCCCGUGCCGGGGGAUUUGGAGGGUUUCCUGGUUUGCUGCAGAAAGCAGCCUCUGUGGAUGCCCCACAAGGGUUAGGACUGAGCCUUUACCAGGGCCAAUAUGAAGAGGAAGUGUACAUAGAGAUGUUGGGCUCCCAGCCACGGGCUCGAAGUCUCCAGGAGCCCCCUGAUAGUCCAGAGCUGGCUGACUCAGAGGCCGUCUAUGAGGAGAUGAAAUAUUUUCCUCACGAGGAUGGCGCCGCGCCUGCCACUGUGGUUAGCAAGGCAGCCAAACUGGAGGCACUAGGCUUGGGCCUGGUAGGAUUGGGGGCGUCUCAUUCUCAAAGCGGGGACACCAAACGGUUGGCAGCAGGGGUGACCGCUGCCAUGGACAUCGCUUACUCACAGAGCACGUCCAACAGCGGAGUUCCCAAAACUCAGCAUGGCAAAGAUGGCAGCUGUGACAUCCCUGCUCCCUUCCCCAACUUGCUUCCCCACCGUCCACCUCUCCUGGUGUUUCCCCCCUCUCCCGUCACCUGCUCUCCCGCGUCAGACGAGUCACCCCUCACCCCACUAGAGGUUAAGAAGCUGCCUGUGUUUGAGACAAACCUGAACUAUGCUACUGGCCCAGACAGCCCUUUGUCCCCACAGUAUGCCCGCCAGAGGGCUGACUCCUCCCCUAGCCUCACUGUCCUCAUGCCAGAGAAGAAGUCCACAUCUCCUCUCACCCCUCCACCUCCACCUCCUCCCCCCAAUGCCCCACCUCCUCCCUAUAGACCUCCUUCGUACUUCCCCUUCCCGCCUGAGGCUAACUUCCUGUCUCUGACCCGAACGGCAUCUGUCACAGGGAGCUCGGACUCCCCAAAAACCUCAUCCUCUCAUAGGACAAGUGGCGAACCACUUGGGAAGCCACCUCCCUACUCCCCAGUGAAGAUGUCACGUCCUGAGCCCCGGAGAGCACACUCGUGCUCCUCCUCUCCCCUGCUGUUCAACCCAGCCAAUGGCAGACCCCUGACCAGCCCCCUGGAUGAGCUCAACACUCUGUUCAGCUCAGGUCGCACCCUGCUGCGGAAGUCCACCUCUGGCCGCAAGAUGCGAGAUGGAGGAUUCAAUUCUAAUAUCAAUCUGCCCGGGAGGGAAGAUUGUGGCUCUGCCCCCACCUCGCCAUCUCUGCAGCUACAGGACAAGAACGCCAACAACCACACGCAUCCUCACUCCCAAAGCCCCGCCCCCGUAGAGAACGGCAACCAGAUCUCUAACGGGUCGCUGGAGGAUGAGAGUCACAGCAAGUUAAACUCCACCAGCUCCGCCUCUCUGCACAGACACAUGGACAGCCAUCAUACUCAGGUGUUCCAGCGGUUGCGUCUAUCCAACAGGGAUGAGAGUGCCACUCUCGGGGAGCUCCUGCGAUGGCGGCGAGCGCAGUGUGAGGGGCGGGGUGACUGGAAGCACCGCCCACCUCAGUCCCCGGCCCUGCCCCCCACGCUGCUCUGGACCAAUAGGAAGGCCUCUCCGUGACAGAGGUCGUGUGAUGCAGUCACAUGUAUUGGCCCUGCUCCUUUUUUUUUUUUUCCUUUUUUUUUUUAUGUGGACCAUGUAACCUCAAUGCCCAGGGGCUAGGUCAAAGCUCCAACCCCCAAAGUGUGAGCCUCGUCCCUGGGCUGAAGGUCCUGCCUCCGCGCCUCUUGACCUCGACUGUGGAGGAUUCCCCAACCUUUGCGAUACAAGAUCAGCACUCUGUAACACUGACGAGUGUCGUCCAUGGAAGAAGAAAAAAAUUCAGACACAGUAGAGGUCCAUGAGGUGCUAUUUUUGUGAUCAAAGAUGUUAUUAACAAAAAGAGACAGAAUAUUAUUUAUUUUCAGUUCUUCUGAGACCACAUGUAUGAUGUCCAUCAAUGGGAGGCUGAUGUAGAGAUCAGAUCAGCAGUUUUCAUAGUAGUCAGAUAUUAAAUGGCCCUUUUAAUCAGUCUGUAUCAUGUUGUUCUGCUAGAGUUCCACCCCAGAAUAUGGUGCUGAUUAUACUUGACGUGCUAUCCUGUGAUGUUCCCAUGAAUGCUUGUGCGUGCGCGCCACCGAGUCUCAGACCACUCUGAAGUUUACAUGUCAACCAACACCUUCCUACACCAGUUUUUAGCAUCAGUGGACUGGCUUGGAUAUGGGACCUUUUUCAGGUACAGCUCUCACUUAGCCUCUCAUGUUUGGGCACUAAGUGCUACUGCGGCCCUGGCAACGAGCAACCAGGGGUCAGGGUAACCUCAGUAAUAUCCCAUGGUGCACUUCUCUUCCCCAUUGUUACUACCAGCCUUUGAGGAACAAAAACAUUCAGCUAAAAUGCAACCUACUGCGCUAACCUUUACUAGGAAACGGGGAUCCAAAAAAAACCAAUCCUGCUUAAGGUGUAAAGGUAAAGCCAAAAUAACAACACUUCAGCUGACGGGUAUACAGUUUAUGUUGUGUACAUGAAACUCUGUGCCAAAGUGACACAACUUGUGAAAGAUAUGUCUAGACUAACAAGUAUAGUUAUAAAAUCAGAUGUAUACACGUAGUCCCCAUAUAUUGACAUGUGCAGACUGACAUAAAUGACCCAAUCAUAGCUGUUACUGCGAUUCAGUGGUGAUUCUGUUUCUAGAUGGAUCAGAAGGACAUGAAAAAAAACAACCGUCUACACUCGGAAGACAACAACUUGACUCUCAUCGUGUCUCAUCGACACUUGAACAGUUUCAUGUGUUCAGUGUUGUUCAGAAGAUUGUGCAGAGCUCAGGAACUCGCGCACAGACGAACUCAACUAUUGUACAGAUUUCUCCACCUUGGCUGGGUCGGCACAGACUAACAUCGCCUUCCAAGUCCUCCCUUCAUCUGCUUUCCCUCCCUUAACCCGAACAAGCAGCCCCCCCCGACUUGGUCUUUGACCCCCACCCCGCCCCACCCCCCCUCCUAAUGGAUCAAACCGGCUCUACGGGUGUUUCCAUGGUAACCGCUUUGUAAAUAGUGACCGGUGUUGUACGUUCUAGCUUUUACUAUUGCAGGAAAGCACAGAGAUUGAAUUAAAAGAUGAGGAAGAGAUAAGAUAAUACUGUCUAUGAUGGUGAAACUAAGGUUUAAGAAUGUGUUGGGUUAGAUGCAAUGACUAAGGUAAAGAGAAGAGGUUUAUUUUACAAUGUGAAUAUCUUUUUGUUUUUUUCUCAGAAUGAUUGUCUAUGGCUAUGAAAUUCUUUAUACUCUAUUCAUUAUUAGUAUUAGUUUUGUUCCCUGUUGUUCUGUUCCUAUGAUGCAAUGCAGAUGUUUUCAUUGUAUAUAGAUGUUUUAUUGCACAAUGUUUCUGUGGUGUCGUGUUGACUUCUCAAUGGGCUGGGUGUGUCUCAACAAGCCGUUUGAUCUGCGAAGAUCGGUUUGGAUUGUUGACGCCACAAAUUAUCAAUAGCUCUAAUUGAUUUGUCAUUCCCACUGAUCACCCACAAUGUGUCUGAUUGAUUCAGCUGUACGAAUUAGCAGCCCCGUCACAGGAUCGAUCUCGGCUGCUGUCAGUGCGCCACGGCGCACAAAUAUUCAAGAGGAAUUGGAGAAGAUCACUGAUAUUCACAAGAGAUGGCAAAUCAGCUGAGCUGUGUUUUUUUUGACUGACUGGCUGAAUGUAUAAAUGCAAAGUUUUCUUUCACUGCCUGGAACCCUGUGUAACUUAUUACUGGAACAUGCGCCUGUAUCUAAACGGUGUACCCGACUACUUUUUAAUGUGAUUAUUGUCUUCAGAAGUUAUGUAUGCAGUUUGUUGUUUUUUUUAAAGCUAGUUAAUAAGGAUGCGGCAUUUUUGAUAAAGUAUUGAUUUGCUCCACGACUCACACCUUGUAUGCUGCGAUUGGGGUUGCAUGAAUAGUGCGGUACUGCAAUGCAGAACUAUGUCAAACAUUUUCCUCAUAGUGUGGUUCAGCUCAUUCACACAGGGAUUCGAACCAAUGAUCAAGCAAAACAGAAAGGAACCGAUGAUCAAGCUACUCAACCUUGCCAAUGAUUGGUCCUUCAUUAUGAUCAGGGUUCUGGUUAGUCGUGUGCAUUAUGGAUUUGUGUAUUACCAUGUUUACUGAAAUCAUGAAAUGAGGAGAUUAAUUGUUUUUUUUAUUGUCUUUUAAAGCAUAUCGGUGCUUUUUACCAUGCACGACCACAUGUUGGGCCUGGCCCUUUAUAAUGUGCUCAUGCUGAAAACAUCCAACAACAAAAAAGGCUGUCUAAUGUGAAGAACUGCUUCUCCCUGCACUGUGAAUCAUUGCACUGUCCCCCGUCUCUCAUCCAUGCACUCUUUAUCCAUCCGCAACCACCUUUUACUGGACCGAUCCGUGCACAGAUCGGCUCCGUCAUAUACAAUCCCCUGACGUAGCUCAGUCUGUUGUAAGCGUUGCCUAACUCUGGCAGCCAGAUUACUGCCAGUCGCUGUUAGUCAGGCAUCUAAAAAUCUCUGCUCUGAGAUCAGCUCUCUGGUGCUACAGCCAGUGCAGAUUGGCCAUCUUAUUGUCCCUUAUAGCAGCUAAACGUGGGGUAUCUCACUAUCUCUCAUAGUGUUGUUUUUUUAAUUGUAGUCUUUAUUUUGUACAUGACAUACAGUAUAUUUUAACUGGCAUACAUAUGUGUUUGUGGAAAGAAAAAAGAUUAUGUGAUAUUUCAUCAUUAUGUUCCCAAUGUUUUAUAAGUACUGUACCUGUACAGCAAUAAAGCACAAUUGUGUCAAU